CCGAGGGGGAAGGCUGUGGGAGCCAAGAGAAUGGCUGGGGAAAAGGAAAAAGGAGUUGCCCCAGGACACUUGUCCCUUCCUUUCCAGCCUGGCUGGCCCCUGAAUGCCCCAUUCUGGCGCUGGGCGUCGAGAUGAGGGGACUCGCCCUGGCCUCUCUCCUCCUCCUCCUCCUCCCUUUCGUCGGGGCAGGGGUCUCUGGGGCCCAGGGAGCCCCCCUCACUUGGUGCCAGGGCUCCUCGGGGGCUUGCUACAGCCUCCACCGAGCCAGGCUGCCUUUCCCAAAGGCCCAGGAGGCCUGCGCUGAAGAGGGAGGCGCCUUGAGCACCGCCAGGGGCCCCGUCGAGAUCCGGGCCCUCCUUGCUUUGCUGGGACGGGCGUCCAAGAACGGGUCCGUCGGCGGCGGCGGCGGCGGCGGGGCCUCCUUGUUCUGGCUGGGCUUGGCCAGGAAAGCCCAGCAGUGCACCUUGGAAGAGCUGCCCCUGCGAGGCUUCUCCUGGGAGGGGGUCCCCCAGGGGGAGGAGGAGGAGGCGCCCCCCGAGUGGCUGAGGGAGCCCAGCAAGUCCUGCACCUUGGCCAGGUGCGCCGGCCUGGAGGUGAGGCUGGGCCAGCCCCGCUUGGCGCCCUGGGGCCUGAGGGAGCAGCCUUGCGCCAAGGAGAGCCUGGGCUACAUCUGCAAGUACAGCUACGACGGGGCUUCUUGCCCCGAGGUCCUCCCCAGCUUGGCCUCCUCCUCCUCCCUCGGCCCCCUCCUCCUCUACAGGCUGCCCUUUUCCCGCCUCCAGAGCGCCACUGCCUUGGAGUCCAGCCCUCCAGGGACUGAGCUCACCCUGCAGUGCCCUUUGGGGCGACAGGAGCGCUUCGUUUGCCGCCUUUCCCCCGACGAAGGGGGCUCCUCCUAUUGGGAAGGCACCCAGGAGAGGCUCUGCUCCUGCCCCACGGGUUACUGGAGCCCCCUUGAGGCAGCCUGCGUGGAGGCCCACCGCUGCUUGGGGGCCCAAGGUGGCUUCCUCUGCCUCUGCGCCACCAGAGGCUUCCACUUGGGAGCCGACCCAGUCUCCUGCCUCAGAGAUGUUGAGAGUGGGACCCCUUCCAGUUUGCCUCCAACGCCCACUCACCAGCCACCCAACAGUACUGGCCAACUUGGCACCAACGCCACCAUCGAAGAGGGGCUUCCUUCUGGGGCGGGCGAUGAAGAGAAGCCCCUCAUGGCGGACUCCUCCAACUACGUCUUCAUCCUCGUCACGCUGGCCGUGGUGAUGCUGGUCCUCCUCAUCAUGGCCGCCCUGCAGGUCUUCCAGGUUUGCUUCAAGUUGUGCUCUUCCACCAAGGCCACCUCCACCACCAAGGAUGAAGCGGCUACGACCGCCCCCCUCAAAGGUGACCCAGAGGCCUCCGCCACCUGCACCGACUCCGAAAACUCCCUGCAACCCAGCAAGGCCGAGUCCCAAGAAGGUCCUCUGGAUGAGCCACAGCCAGGAGGCGGGCAAGAAGAACUGGAGGGACCCUGUCCCCAGAAUCCCUGACCACUGGGUGAGAUGGCUGAAGCUUCUGGGAAUUAUAUUCCAAAAUACCUCGAAGAGCAGACUUUGGGAACCACUGAUCCAGAGGAAGAAAAGUUAAAGCAGCAGGGGCAGUGCUGUUGGUUCUUAUCUCUGCCAAGAAGGAAGGAAGUGGGUGGUCAGGGGCCCAGUAGAGAAGCAGCUGAAAGAGGGAGCUGUUAUUUCCUUCAUUUAUUUGCCUUCUCUCUAUCUAGCUGCAUGCAUGCUGCAGAAAUAAUCCAGUUUGAUGCCACUUUAACUACUGUGGCUUAAUGCCGUGGAGUGCUGGGAUUUAUAGCUUGCUCCGCUUUGGUGGCACAACAAACUAUAGCUUCCAGAAUUCCAUAGCACUGAACCAUGGCAGUUAAAGUGGCAUCAAACCAGAUUAUUUCUGCAGUGCAGAUGCACCCUCCCCCCUCUCUGCCCAUUAACAUUAUCCAAUUAUAGCACUAUGAUACUAUUUUAACUAUCCAUGGUUGCAUCCGGUGGAAUCUUGAGGUUUGUGGUUUGGUUGUACAGCUAUCUGACUGAGAUUUCCCCUUAAACUGCAGUUCCCAGCAUUGCAUCAAAUGGACCAGUGGUUCCCAAACAUUUGGUCCUCCAGGUGUUUUGGACAUCAGCUGUCAGAAUUCCUGACUGUUGGUCAAGUUGACUGGAACUCUUAGAGCUGGAGUCCAAAACACCUGGAGGGCCACAGUUUGGGAAACACCAGAAUAUACCAUGUUAAUUAGAGUAGAAUCACAGUGCUAUAAUGGAUAGUGUGAAUGGGCAGUCUCUCUGGGCAUCACAGCAGUUGAGACCUUUCUGUCUCUUUACCUUGGGUCACUGGGGAGCAUACCAGCAAAGUGUACUUGAGUAGAUUGAACCCUCACCACUGCAAAAGAGAAGUAGGUGAGCUACUGAGUGAGCCAGUGGAGAUGGCUGUGUCUGGAAGGAGUUGCUACCUCCACUUACUUCCCUAUUAUCUGUCCUUCGCUUUCCAGCUGUCUAGGCAACACAAAUGUUGGAGUGUGUAUGUGUGUGUGUUUGGUCUGGUUGGCCAGUCUCAACUGCUUCUCUUCCUAGAAGGAUAUUGCAAGCUCUGAAGAUGCCAGCCCAGAUGCUGGUGAAACAUCAGGAAUAAACUCUUACAGAACAUGGCCACAUGGCCCGGAAACCCCACAAAAAACUAUAAUGCAAGCUGUUCCUUGCUAUUGUGCUCCAACUAUCACGAUUGCCUAGCUUUCUUUCUUAUUUUUAAACUCAAAAUGCUGCUGUUGUUCAUUUUUCAGUUCUCCAUUGAAAUGUUAAAGGGUGAGUACUGGUCAGAAAGCCACAGAGUGCUGGAAGGUGCAGGUGGAAUGAAACUCAUUCAGAUUUGUUUAGGGGUUCAAUUGGCAGCACAAUUCUGUAUGUGCGCUUAGAAAUAAGUCACAUUCAGUGUAGUGGAAUUUAUUUGCAGCUGACUGUGUAGGGCUGCAGCUUGAGAUAGACUUAUUAUCACUCCUGUGUCACACACCCUCUUCAGAUUCUAGUUAAUCUUUUGCACCAAAACUGUUUUCAUGCCACAGGAGUUGUGUGUGAACAAGGAGGUCAAUUUAUAAGACUGAAUGAUCUGAAAUCUAUUCUGGCUUGAUUGGCUGAUGGUUUGGGUCCAUGGUUGCUAAUGUGAAGUGUAUAGGCCAG